UGCGCAUGCGCAUACGUUGUCAUAGCAAGGAUUACAAAUCGAUGAUCGAGUCGGCACCUCCCAUUGGACUUCAUCUCUCACAAUGGAUAAACUAAAUCCCCAGAAAAAUGUCAAAAUAGCCGCUGGGGCCGUCGUUUGUGUUGAAAGUGAAAUCAGAGGAGAUGUCACUAUUGGCCCCAGGACAGUGGUACACCCAAAAGCUCGUAUCAUUGCAGAGGCAGGACCCAUCGUUAUCGGUGAAGGCAAUUUGAUCGAGGAGCAAGCUCUGAUUAUCAAUCGUUACCCAGAAAAUAUCAAACCGGAUUCUGAGGUGGAACCAAAGACAAUGACCAUUGGGAUCAACAAUGUAUUUGAAGUUGGCUGUGUAUCACAAGCCUUGAAAAUUGGGGACAACAAUGUGAUAGAAUCUAAGGCGGAGGUCGGGAGGAACGUGAUCCUCACCAGUGGCUGUAUCAUUGGAGCCUUUUGUCAGGUCAACACUUGUGAGUUCAUACCUGACAACACAGUCAUCUUUGGCUCUGGGUGUAUGAGGCGCAUUCAGACCGAGCGACCACAGCCUCAGACUCUUCAGCUUGACUUUCUGAUGAAGAUCCUGCCGAACUACCAUCAUUUAAAGAAAACUGUUAAAGCAGGCCACACUGCUAGCUAAAAUUAAACUUUACACUUAUGAAGUUAAAUUAUAAAUGGCUAUUAAACCCAUAUUUAAAUACACAAUGCUUAAGGGAAGCCCAAAUGUAUAUAUAUAAUUCUAUGUAGCUAUCUUCAGCAGUCCAUUUUCCCACUGAUUAUUUUCAAAUGUAACUGCAACAGCUGAUUAAGCACUUCAUCUUUACCUUGCUGCGCUGUUGUACUGUUUUCUAUGAUUAAAUAACUUGACAAAAAUGCUGAUGGUGUGCACCAUGUACUCAUUUAUGAUCACAGCAUUUACUGGUACUUUAUGAAACAGUUUUUUUUAAGUAGUACAGAAAGAAUACAUGGGAAUGUAUUCAUUGUAUAUUCACAAAAUAAAAAUGGGAUAAGUACCAAUACUAAAUCAAAGUAUUUUCAGUGAUUCUCAAUUAGAUUUUUAUAUAUAACACUGUAAUACUGUGUUGGGAAUUAAAUGGGUAAUUAAUUGAUGUAACAAUCACCGUCACUGAACUGUAUGUAAAACUAGGCAGUAUUGUGUAACUUAUUAAAAUAGGUUCCAAACCACUAUGUAGCUGAAACAUGAAAGAAUUUCAAUAUUCUGAAACUCCACAAGAAGUAACAUCCAAGACGUUUUAUGCUGUAUGAGAGACCUCAGUGUGAUGCACUGCACAACACAAAAGUGUCUUUUGCAAUUCCUACUAAAAGGAUUAAAGGUUUCCAUUAGGUGAGGACAGCUGCCGUCUCAAAACCUUCAACACACACCUCUCUGUGGUACUCUGAAUAAAAUAUUUACACACCUGAACCUCAUUUAUAAUCUAACAGUAAGGUUGCAGUGCUCCCUUUAAGGAUGGUAUUUUUUUGGUAAGGGCAUUUGGUGUUCUUAAUGGUCUCUGCACUCUUUUCCCCUUUGUCCUUCAGUUAUCACUGAUCAACAAAA